UAACGAUGUGGGAGUCAUAAUGGAAAAGCUACCAACAAGAUGCCAGAGAAUUAUGUUCUCAGCAGGCAUAUUGUCUCCUAAUAUACGAAAGUUUGCCAAGGAGUAUUUUCGAGAUCUUUUAACUAUUGAUUUGCCAAAAAACGUUUUGUAGGUAGGAUGUUCUAUGGAGAUGGUCGAUAAAGGAAUUAAAUUGUUCAAGAUUGAAGCACCCAUGGAGGGAAGGGAAUCAGUCUCGCGUUCUUUAAUUAAAGGACAUGCUAACAGUGGGAGCACUAUUGUUUUCACAGAUUCGCAAACAGAAGCUAAUCAAUUGGCUUCCGUAUUCAAGUGUGAGGCACUAAAGGGUGGUAAACGACGAGACACACUUUUACGUUUCCAUGAUGGGGAAUUUGAUUUAUUAUUUGCCUCGGAUGAUGUUGCUCUUGGAAUUGACUUUCCUAGAGUUGAACUUGUUAUACAUUUGGAGCCGCCCAGAAAUUCGGAGAUCUUUCUUGCUAGAUCUAGUCUUGCGGGAAAUCAAGGGACUGCAAUUCUCAUCUAUUCUGAAAAAGAGACUGAGCAAACCCAAGAGAUUCAGAGAAAAUUGUGGUGCAACAAUAUCAAGACUAUACAUAUGAUAGUUGGCGAAAGGGGAAACAACAAGAUGACACUUGUUCGGAAAGUGAUAGGUCCAGGGGACGGCCUAGGUGGUAAAGGAGUAGUUCAUUUGGUCCUGAAGCUUGUUCGUUCUUUUUUGACACCAAAACCUGGCCUGAGAGUUCUUUUUGGAUUUGGAGGCUGUUUCCUUGUUUACUUCUCUUUCUGGUUUUUGCGCUGCCAUAGUGGGGGAGAGAACUGAGUCAGGAAAAAUCAGGAUUAACUUGAAUCCAUUUUGCAUAAUUUAUUAUUUAACCUUUAGAUACAAUGUAAAGAAAUAUUUGACAUUUGCCCUCAUGUUAGGCUAGCAGACCCUUUUUUGAUGGAAAGGAAAAAUAUCACAAAUUAAGUAAUAGUACACUAAUGAUAGUUUAUGCUUCAUUCCUCUCUCUUUGUCAA